CCGGCUCUCCCCUCCAUAUCUGAUAAUACAGUACAAGAACAACUUCGAUCGCCUCCUCGAACCUCCUACGAACCCUGACCCAAAUUUAAACCCUUGCUCAGAAUAUUGGCCCUCAUCAUGGUCGAAAUGCAGACGCAGCCCUCGACCUCGUUGGCCAGCGCAAAGCCGGCCAACAACCGCACAAGUACAUCCAUCGCCAUCCCUUCCGCCUCCACCGUCUCGGCAACUGGCAACACCACUGCAGCGUUGCGGAAUCGCCUGCCGCCAGAUGCUUUUUCUCCGGUGAAUGAAAAUGGCAGCUUCGAGUUCCACCGGGUCAUCAAAAGUGGCUACGUCCAAAAACGUACGCAGAAGACAAAGACUUGGAAAUCCAUCUUCCUGGUGAUGCGGCCGAACACGUUGUCCAUCUACAAGUCGGAUAAGGAAGACAAGCUGAAGCGCAAAAUAUACCUGUCAGAACUGACAGCAGUCACGCUGUUGAAGGACCCCAAACACAAGCGGCAGAAUGUCUUUGGUCUGUUCUCUCCGGCCAAGAACUUCCACUUCCAGGCCCCGACAAUGAAGGACGCACAGGAGUGGGUGGAACUGAUCAGGCAAGACGCGCGGAUCGAGGAGGAGGAGGAGGAGAUGUUCCUGGCCAGCCCCGUUGUCCGAAGGCAGUCAUACCUCGGAUUUACCGCCCUAGAGAGGGAGUCGAAUCGUACCCUGCCCGAACAGGACCGGCUGGCUUCAAGUUCGCCAGAACCUCAAGGCAUACCUGUGCCCAUUUUCCCGACAACCCAAAUCAGGCGGCCGUCACACCUCGACUCAUCGGGCCUGUCAGGGAACGAGCUUGCGUCGCACUCGGAUCUGUCAGAUACUGAGGUACAUCGACGUCCGGGCGUUUCGUUCGAGAACCUGCCACACUCUCCACCAAAUUCCUUCCCCCAGGCCCGAUCUGGGUUCGGCCUAAGAAAUGCCAGCCAGACGAGCGGAAUCAACGUGGAACACGACCCCGACCGCGUCAUCUGGCAGGGAUGGCUGUGGUUCCUUCGCAGCAAAGGGGGAGUCCGACAGUGGAAGAAUUCGUGGGCCGUCCUCCGGCCAAGGAACCUGAUACUCUACAAGGACGAGUCGGAAUACUCGGUCCUGUUCAUCGUCUACUUGUCCUCGAUCCUGAACGUCGUCGACAUGGAUCCCAUCAGCAGGACGAAGACCCACUGUCUGCAGAUCAUCACCGAGGAGAAGAGUUACCGAUUCUGCGCCCACGACGAAGAAUCCCUGGUUCAGUGUCUAGGAGCUUUCAAGAGCUUGCUAGCAAAGAGGCGGGAGCUUGAGGCCAAAGCGGCCGCCGCUUCUGCACCUGCCUGAUGACUGUUAUGUUAUGCUUUGGAUGGCCUCGGCCCCUUCAUUUUCUCCUUCUCAUUUAUUUAUGAUGACCAUUGUUUUGGCAAAUACCCGGUUAGCGAUGGCGUUUGGACGCCAGCCAGCCAUCAUGACCCUCAACCGUCGAGAUGCAUAUGGGCGCGGUCUUUUAGUGGAGUUUUGUCGGCAUUAUACCUAUG